GCAGGCUUCCAACGAUUAUGACGAAAACUAGGUGAAUUGAUAAUAACGGCAAGGAAGGGAAACGAUUCAUCCCCCUUUGGAUGGACGCACGUCGAAGGGCGGCUGGCACUCCUGCGCAAGCGUCCAUUCGGAACGAGGUUGGCGACGGCUACGACUACGACUACGACUACGACGACGACGUCGACGUCGACGACGACGGUGGCGACGGUGACGAAGGCUGGACGACGCUGACGGCGCUCACUUCAAUCCUCGCCGCGUGUCCGUCGACCCGAACGACAAUCUUGAUCUUUUUCUUCUCUUUUUUCUCUUCUUUCUUCGUUUCUUUGUUGUUAUCAUUAUUAUCAUCAUUAUCCUAUACGUUACCGAAUACAAUUCAUACGUUUUUCAUAAAGACGAAAAAUAUCGGACAAUAAGCGACUCGAUUAAGAGCCGUGUAAUGUUCAUUCGUGUGUGUCUCGUGGCACCGAUCUCAUCUCGAACCUCCGAUCGUUUGUACUCGUUCACACGCACGUUUCCUCGGCGAACACAAGGAGGAUCAACAACUUCGGACAAUAACAAAAGGACUCUAUGACGAAGUUCGCCAACAACGACGAUGACGACGACGUCCGAUCGUCUCGAACGAAGAUCGAUGUGAUUUAUUCUUCCUACCACGCGAUAAAGAGAGCGGUGAUAUUGGCGAGAUAACGCGCCAACGGGAGAACGAAGAAGAAAGAGAUCAAGAAGAUGAUGUCGGACAACGUAAUCUCCUGAACUUUGCGCGAACUCUAUCCCGAUCUCUGGAAUCCUUCGGGCACUCUUCCUAAGACGAUUUUUCUCUUUCUUAUUUUUCUCUUUCUCUCUCUUUCUCUCUCUCUCUCUCUCUCUCUCUCUAUCUAUCUAUCUAUUUAUCUAUCUUUUAUAUAUUGUCCUCUUCGAAACUCGAAUGAUUCGACCGUUGAAAGUCGCAUUUUUAAGUGACAGUGAGGACAGAUCGAGGAACUUAGGACGUCCAGCACGUGCACGGACAAUGCCUGCCGAACGUCCGUCCUAAGACCGAAUGGAACUUUAAGAGCUGAACUUUCACGUGGCCUACUUUGGUAAAGUCCUUCGUGACUGGAGGGCACGCAAGAAUGUCCAAGAGAUGACUGGACAGUGAGAGAAGGUGCGGUAGCUCUUGAGCUUGCUGUCACCGUGGCUUCGUUUCGACGGAAUGGAGGUAAACGGGACUCAAAGCAGCCUGAACGGCACCGAGACCAAUCGUACGACAGCACCAAUCUUUACCAUUGGCACCGAUUUCAUUACGCGGUGGAAGCUGAAAAGGCAACGAGAGCGUCUCUGCAGAUACGUAUACAAUCAGAUUUUGACAGCGGAAUGUACUCAGUUGAAUGGAACUUGGCCUGAUCCCGAUGAUCCACGCUGGAGUAGCGGUGAAUACGGGGAACUUUUGCCGGAAUGGUUUCCAACAAAUGCAACCAAUAUCUCGAUUCCAGGAAAUAUAACAACCCCAAUGUCACUGGAUAUAGCACCUGUUUUACCACCCUUCGAACUCUGGCAAACAGUCCUGAUAGCUAUAUGCCUUGCGAUAUGUAUACUAUUGACAGUGGGUGGUAAUAUUCUUGUAUUAUUGGCAUUUAUCGUCGACAGAGCCAUCAGACAGCCGAGCAACUAUUUCAUUGCAUCGUUAGCUGCCACUGACAUGCUCAUCGGUACAGUCUCAAUGCCAUUCUAUACGGUAUAUGUUCUAAUGGGCUAUUGGAAUCUUGGACCUCUACUCUGCGACCUAUGGCUAUCCGUAGACUACACCGUCUGUCUGGUGUCACAGUACACGGUCCUCUUGAUUACGAUCGAUCGCUUUUGCUCGGUGAAAAUCGCUGCGCAAUAUCGCAGCUGGCGUACAAAAAAUCGUGUCAUUUGGAUGGUGACUAUUACUUGGAUCAUACCGGCACUUCUCUUCUUCAUCAGUAUAUUCGGUUGGGAACACUUCAUCGGUUAUAGGGACCUUAAUCCAGGACAGUGCGCGGUGCAGUUCCUCAAAGAUCCAGUGUUCAAUACCGCGCUUAUAAUCGGUUAUUAUUGGACGACGCUGAUAGUUCUCUUCAUUCUCUACGGAGGAAUUUAUAAAACCGCCUACGACAUGCAAAAGAAGAGCGAAAUGAAGCAGAGAAAAAUGCAAUCGAUGGUGGCGUUGAGUGCCGGUGCCAUGUCCGGAAUGGCUGGUCGUGCAGCAGGUAUAGGUAUGUCAAAGACUCAAAGUACUUUGUUGAGUCAAGAUAAACCAAGAGUAAGCUUGUCGGGUGGUCAAGAAGAUAAUACGAUUGGUGCCGAUAGCGGACAAAAGUCGUCUAAAGUUUCGGGAUCUGGUGGAACAGAAGAUGCUGCGGACAAGAUCACAUAUGCAAGUACAAUGCCUACAGAAACUGAAAAAUCUGAACGCUCUAGCAGCCCGGCCUUCGACUCCGACGAAGAAAGUACCGUUGGGCCGUCUCAACAACUGAGUAACAUCAAGAAACGUUCAUCUCUUGCCGGCCUGGUUGUCCAAUCUGGGGCGCUUCAAGUGUUCGCCACCAAUGGUCGAUUAAACGGCAUCGUACCCGUUAAGAUCGAAACAAGCGUACCAAUCACGAAGAAAAGCUUACCGACAACGAGUCCGGUCUGUGAAUCUAGCACGAUGACUCAAAAAGGCCAAACACUGCCGAAAAUACAGGAGCUCAGUCUUCUAGACACCGAUAAUCCUGUCGAGCCAGACAAAUCGAGUAGUCAAACUUUAACCCCAGAACAAUCAUUAAAAUCUAUCGACGUUUACAGUAGUAAACAGGUGACCACGUCGAACGAAGAAACAACACCGCUCGUUCAAAGCCGACAACUUUCACUGAAUAGUUCUCAACAAAAUAUCAUACCUCCACCCACGCAGUUUCAAAGCAGUCCACCGAUAACAGGAAGUCCUUCAACCUCAUCGUCCGGUGACAGACCAAAGUCUUUGGUCGUUCCCAGUCAUGGUCAAGGUACCUUUGACAUUCUAACUGGCCUCGAUGGAGCCGACUUGAGGUACAUGGACGAGAGUUCGGUCAUUCUCCCAAGUCCUUCCUACGAAAGCCCACCUUCCUCUUUCUCGUGCAGUUUAGCAAAUCCUCUUUCGACGGCACCAUCAUCGCCUAUUCUCUGUAAUGCUACUUCUACGGCGACUACGACUAGCUUGUUACAAGCCGCGCUCCUCAGAGCAACUCAACAAGCUGGCGCAAAUCAAAUGGCUCCAUCGAGCAAACAGGGUCAACAACAGCAACCGGCUAUGUCGAAUGCCUCGAGUCAAACGCAUCCACCACGUGUCUUUAUUACCCAACAAACAAACGCCGCAUCUCAAACAUCUCCUACAGUGAGCAAAGUGCAUACCGAAGUAACCGUAAAGGCUGAAGACACUAAACGUCAACCAGUCACAACUGUUAUCGGUAAUGCAAAGAUUGUUGAAACAUCCAAUAGUACGACCGAGAGAUUUUCUGAUCAAGCGACUGAAAGAUUCUCUGAUCAAGUCACUAAGAUCAAUAAUAAUCCACCGCAAAAUUCAUCGUCGAGUAGUAUGGUGCCAACGAUUUCUGGUACAGACGGACAAGAGUCUAAGAAACAAUCAAAAAAGAGAGAAACCGAAAAUGAGGAAGAAAGCGGCUCUAGAAGAGACUUCGUCAAAACCAUCGGCAAACGAUUAAAAGCCAAAACUCAGAGAAAUCCGACAAUGGGACGACAAAAGUCAAGGACUGAAAACAGAGCACGCAAAGCCUUCAGAACGAUAUCUUUUAUUCUUGGAGCUUUUGUUGCCUGUUGGACCCCUUAUCACAUUCUGGCUCUCGUCGAAGGCUUUUGUACGAAUCCUCCAUGUACGAAUGAACAUCUCUUCAUGUUCUCCUAUUUCCUUUGCUAUGCAAACAGUCCAAUGAAUCCCUUCUGCUAUGCCCUGGCCAAUCAACAAUUUAAGAAAACCUUUACGAGAAUACUUAAGGGUGAUCUACACAUGACGUAAAUAAAAAAUCGCGUCGAAUAGGUAAAGUAGUACGUCGUACCUACUUUUGUUUGAGUAUAUGGUAAAUGCUAUAAAAACAAAAAAAAAAAAAAGAUAAAAAUUAAAUAAAAAUUCGACUCUAAGGCCUUCCAUAACGCGUAUCGAAAUAUUCCCACGCAUCGUAAUUGCGGUGAAAGCGGACAAUAAUCUAGUCAAGCGGCGACUCG